AUGGAAGGAUCAGAGAUUGAGGCGUACACAAAGAGGUCCAACGACUUGGCUGCCUUAUGUCCUAACAUGUCACAACCCAAGCGUAGCUCUUCCAAUGCAAAUGCUCUAAUGAGUAACAAGUAUAUUUGGGGUGAGUACCAAGGUGAGGGUCCUAGCUCUAUACGACGGGAACCGCACAGGAAACUCGGGCUGAACUACCAAAAUCAGGGGGGAUACCUAGGGAAUAAACCGAGAUGCCGCAAGUGCCAACGGCACCACAGCGGGUCAUGUGCGGAAUCGUGUUGUCAUCGGUGCAAGAAGUUGGGACAUAUGGCUAGAGACUGUAGGAGCCCAUAUCCUGCAAACCGGAACCAACGGCAACACCAGCAGGGUAAUGAGAGAUGUUACCAGUGCGGUGCUGAGAGUCACUUCAAGAGGAACUGUCCGCAGAUGAGAGAGAAUCGUGACAACAGCGGCAACCAGGGCAACAGGAACAAUAACGGAGACAAUAAGGAUAACCCCAGGACUGGUAAGCAUGAGCUUCUGAAUGGACAAGAGGAAGAAGGAAACAACCUCAACGUUGUGGCGGGUAAGUUCUAUUUUAGUUAA